ACUACAGAAAAGCAACCCUGGGGGUGGCUAUGCGAGAAUGGAAUUAAAAGUUAAAAUAAAAAACGAGUGAAUUAAGUGGAUGUUUUGAAAUUUGAUUUGAUACUUUAGGUUGUUCCAACGACUGGCUAGCACAGUUUUUUUUUUUGCAGUGGAGUAAGGUAGUCUCGUAUUAGUCGCCUAGAACAGGACAAAAUGAAUGCAAGCAUCCUCGAUCCUCCGGACUUUCAGGCAGCCACUGCCGCCGCCGCCGCCGCUGCCCGUGCUCAUACGGAGCAGACUGAUUUGGAUUUGGCGGAGCAGGAGCAGUGGAGCAUGAGCGAAUGUGGAUUUAUGGAUCCUGAAGUGCAACGCACAAUAAGGAGUGCCAGUGGAGCUGAAGAUAUCACACAAUACCCGCUACACGGUUGGGUCGAUGUGACUGCUGAGUUCCAUGAAGCUUGUGCCGAGCUGCUGCCGGGCGAAUUGGCCCAAGAUAUGCUGUUUGGCCUGUUCGAAGCAAUGUCGGCAAUUGAGAUAAUGGAUCCUAAAAUGGAUGUGGGCAUGGGAUUUGACAAACAAGACUUGCCACCGCCCUCCUUUGAAGCUGCCGUUGCGAUGGGCGUCAUCAAGUUGGAUGAAUUGACGACCGCUGAACUAAUUGGCAUCUUUGAUGCCUUAUUUGCAUGUUUUGUCUCAUGGCUAGAGGGUAAUUCCAUGGAUCAAGUGCUUUUCACGUGUCUCUAUUUGCAUGCCCCUGCACAGAUACAGGAUCGACCAUUGCGGGCAUUCUGUACAGCUGUACGCAACCUGAUUGCCGUCGUUAAGAACAUUAUUGUCAUGGCGGGGGUCAAUGAAGAAGAGGACUUUCAAUUGUAUGGUAAUUCCGCUUUAUUGGCUGCCGAGAAGGCGCAACCAGCCUCCAUUGCCCCAAUGCUUAAGGAAGUGGAGGAUAGUCUGGUCCGGAAAUGCAAGCAGCUAUCAUCGCCGGAGGAUAGCAUGUCCGUGGUCCACCGGUUGCGUUUUAUGCGUCAUCUCUUCCAGGCCAUUUAUCAAGUAGAGCUCAUGGCUGGAGCUGACAGUGCCGAAGAAGCAAUUAAUGACAUUUAUAAAAACCUUAAUGUGGCCUCGGAACUCAUGCCUCUGAUCCGGCGCACCAUAGACCGGGGCACUCAGCCUGUGGACGGUUCUGAGGCACCCAAUCCAAUGGGUUUCUCGCCACGUAUUCAUGAUCGCAGUCAGCCACCGACGUUUCCCCGCAGCAUUAAAAUUAGAGACAGACCAAGUAGCUAUCAGUUUCUGGAAGAGAUGAUCUCACGCUUUAAGUAUGCCUGCAAAAUCAUACGCCACAAGGAUUACUAUUCGGCUCUGAACUUUUUCAUCGAGUACAGUCGCAAGUCGGGUCAGUGUAUCCUGUCUCGCAGCGUGCUGCAAAGUCUUUUUAGCUCCAGCAUUCGUCUGGUCCAUGGAAAGCAGCCGAUGAAGCAAUUUCUUCGCCACUCUGUACAAAUCUUCAACUCACCGCCUGUGCUCAAUGCCAAGCACCCAGUGGCCUCGGAUCCCAAGGUGCAACAGCAUUUGGAGACUUUCUUCCGGUACUGCAUUAACAUGAACACCUUUAAUCAAUUCAUACGAAUUUGCGGCUUCAAUCGGGCAAGACAACGGGACAAAUUAGCCCGGCUAAUAGAAAACUUUGACACAAUACAAGUGGAUGCCGCUCGACUGGACUCGCUAAUGAAUCAAUUGGCCAAUGAACGAGCACUCGAAGGCAAUGAACUGCACGCCACUGCCCUAAAGCACAGCACUCACUUCUCCACAUGGGUCCUGUACAAUUGCUUCCGUGCCAUGCUGAUCUUUCUGAUGUCUGGCUUUGAACUAGAACUCUAUGCCGUCCACGAGUUCCUCUACAUAUAUUGGUAUCCCUAUGAGUUCUUAGUGGGUUUCCUCGUGUCGGCCCUGACACGGACUGAGAAUAUAUUGCUGGCCCAGGAGGAGUAUGCCGAGCACCAAAGCAAGAUUCAAGCAAACGGCAGCAGUAGUGGGGGCGGUGGUAACAACUCCGGAAAAAAUAGAAACAAGACCGCCAAGCCAAGAAAGAAUAAAAAGCAACAAAGACCCUAUCGAUGCGAGAUUGUCUAUUACCAUGCCCUUCUCAGUCUCUGCGGAGGCAUGUACAAGGCCAUGGCCGCUUUGACCAAAGAUGGACGUGUGCGUCUGCCCAUGUCCAAGUUUGACAAUGAAGAGAUCCGAUACAAUCGUCGCUUCCUACCCUUUGUAACGUUGACCAGCCCGCCGCCAGUUUCUUAUGCCGAAUUCAAGAACAUUAGAGAUCAUAUGAUGCGACCUAGUGUGGAGGAGCUCUAUACCCUGGCCGCCAAGCAUUUUGAUCAGGCGCGCAAUGUGCUGGAGAGCAUUCAGAAUCCGGAACAGGAAAUUUUGGACUUGCUACAAAUCGCUCGAACAAACUUUGUGGUAAUGAACGUGCUGGCUCGCGGUCACCAGAAGGGUCUCAAACGACAGCCUGACUUUGAUUUCUCUAAACAUAACUAUUUUCCCAUUAUCAAGCUAAAGUAGCUGCCGCCUACAUCAUACUCCACCAAAACCCAUUGCGUUUCUUAAUUGUUAAAAUAAAAUUUCUGUGUAUUGA